GGGUGGGGAGGCGGAAGUGGCGGGGCCGUGGAGGCGCCAUGGGGGUGAAGCUGGAGAUCCUGCGGAUGCUGCUCUACUUGUCCUUCCCCGUAGGAGUCUUCUGGGUCUCCAACCAGGCCGAGUACUUCCAGCGUCACGUGGUGCAGCGCAAGAGGGAGAUUUUUCCUCCGGACGACCCCGAGCGGCGACGGGCGAUGGCGGAGCUGAAGCGACGGCUGCGGGAGGGGAAGGGGACGCAGGCCUGAGGGGACACGGGGACACCCGGCCCCCGCCACCCCCUGCCACCCCCGCGGGGACACGGGGCUUCGUGGGGACGUCACCGCCGCGGCCGUGACACGAGGGGACGCGCGGCCGCUCGACGGGGCUUCGUCGCGACGCCGCAGCUGCGACACGAGGGGACGCGCGGCCGCUCGACGUGGUUUUGUCGCGACGCCGCGGCCAUGUUGGUGACGUGGGACGCGUGGCAGCUUGACGUGGCUUCGUCGUGAUGUCACCGCCGCGGCCGUGACACGAUGGGACACGUGGCAGCUAGACGUGGUUUCGUCAUGACGCCGUGGCCGCGUUGGUGACACGAGGGGACGCGUGGCCACGUGUCAUCACAGUGGCCAUGACAGAAAGGACGCCGAUGCCCCCGCGGGUGACAGCAGGGACACGUGGCCGUGCGCGUGCCCUGGCCACAUCACGGUGACGGCUAGUGACGCGGGGACACGCGCCUGUACGCGUCGCCAUCCUGACGCCGUCAGCUCGACCUCAGCGUCGCGGGGGGACGCGAGUGACGCCCCCGGGUGUCCCCACCCCCCAAUAAAUGGCGCUGGCACCCG